ACCGGGUAAUUCGGCUCUGAAGGUCAUGUUCGGUUUGGGAUCUGCCCCUCCUAAACAUGAUCCACCAGCCUCAAUGGGACCGUACGAUCUCGGAAGAGAUGGGGAACUUGGUGCUCUCAGUAAUGCUCAACAAGGGGUGACAAAUAAACUCAAGACUCAAACACGGUUAAGUAAUGAACAGUAUUUCCGGCAACAUCCGGAAGUGAAGUAUAUGGUGACAGCAUUUUUGAGGGAUAUAUUAACUAAACAGCCUGAAAAUGCCGGGGAACACUUCGCUGGAAAGUGGAUUAAAAAAUAUACAUUUUCACACUUUUUCACCAGCCUAGAUCUUUUAAAAAAACAUCAAGACAGUCGAAAAGGAGUGUGCGGAGAUGUACCACGAUGAUGGCGUCAUACGUUCUUUUGCUAAAGAAGAUCUUGAUUCGGAGGUCUAAUCGUAUAGUUUCUAAAGAACAAGAGAAUUUCAUAUAAAUGGAAUCUAGGAG